AAAAUAUUGUAAUCGUAUGCCGCGCCGGCUCCCCGAGUUCCACACAGCCUUAGAAAACAUAAUGUUUCAUGACACGGCUCACUGUCGGCCGUUAUCACGCGCUCGUUAUACACGCACACACGCACGGGACCAAAGUGCCGAACCAGCAACAACCUCCUCUCUGUCGGUAUCGUCUGGCUCGUAGCGCAGUCCACGCCGUUCAGUCAGUCGUCGUCACACCACUCGUGCGACCGUGUGAUUAUUUUUUUUUAAAACGACACGUAACUCACUCGUGUGCGCCGUCACUGCGGUGGUGCCGCGUACCUAUUGUGCAAUAACGGCAUAAUAUCAACACCAUCAACUUUGAAAUAUUUAUUUCAUUUAAGUCGUGUGGCGUUCCGUAUAAUAAAAACGCGUUUCUCGUCGCAGACUAUAACACUAUUAUUAUCGUGUACCCAUAUCUAUAAUAUCGUUCAUCGUAAUCAGUUAGGUUUUAUAGUUGUUCGUAUUAACCACGAUUUCUAUACCGAUAGACGUACCUACCUGUCGUAGAUGAUGAUUCUCUGCGAAUUCGUGGUAUAUAAAUAACAAUACAUUCGGUUAGCACAAGUCCGCCACCUGCAAUAUGGCCGUGGUGGUCGGAGGCCGAGACAACGUGGUGUCCAUAUCGGCGACCAAGUCACUCAAAAUGUUGGCAUUCUCCGUGGUCUGGGGCUCAUGGAUCGUCGUCAAGAACGCGGCAGCCAGGGUCUUCAGCCCGCUGUGGUCGGACGGCGGUGACCACGAGAACAACAAAGAUGCGGCUGCCAAUGAAAAUGCCGUCACCAAUGCCCGUGGAAAGGCCAUCCGCCGGGCGCCCAUCAGGGACCGUCCGCCGCCAUGUCUGUCCACCACGGUUUAUGGAACCCACUCGUACGUCAAAGUCAAGGGUGUUAAAUUGCAUUACGUUGAAUGUGGUGACCCAAAUGGAUCGAUUGUUCUUUUACUACACGGAUUCCCAUCUUGUUGGAUUAGUUGGCAUCAUCAAAUACCCACCUUGUCGAAACAUUUUCGGUAAAGUGAUUGCUGUAGACCUUAAAGGUUUUGGUGAUUCUGAUAAACCGUCAGCACGCAAAAGUUAUCGAGUUGAAAAUCUGGUCAACGAGCUAGCCGUGUUUUUGUCGUUGCUUGGAGUGGACGGCCGUAAUAAAUGUCACGUAAUCGGCCACGACUUGGGCGCUUUAUUGGGCUGGUAUCUGGUGCAUCUGUGGCCCAGGUUUGUGUCAAAAUUUGUAGCCAUUUCAUGCCCACAUCCAAAUGUCCACUGGGAGUACUUACCUUCAUCAAGUUUCUUUAACAAAAAUUGGAUUUGCUUCAGUCAACUUCCUUAUUUACCGGAAAUGGACGCUUUGCAAAGCGAUCUAAAAAUAAUUAACCAGUGUUAUCAACACCUAUCUAAGAAUAAGAAAAGUGAUGACUCAUCUUACAUCGACGCAUAUAAAUAUACAUUUUCAAGAACAGUGGACUGGACGGGUGCUAUAAAUUAUUUUAGAAACUUACCAUUCUACAGAAUCGAGCCUAGGAAUAACAACAAUUCUUCAAAUAAAGAAGAAGACAUGCUUCAAGUUCCGUGUUUGCUCAUCAUUGGUAAUAAAGAUGUAAGUGUACAAAUUGAAAGUUUUAUCAAGUCCACAGAAUUUCUCAAGACAUCUACUUUAAGAAUAAUUGAUGAUGCAUCGCAUUUUCCUCAUCAAGAACAACCUAAAGUAGUCAAUGAUCUAUUGACAUCAUAUUUAGUUCGUGCAAAAGUAGAUCAAAAAGUGCUUCGACAACAGAAGUGUGGUGGUAUAGUUGGACGAAUGAAAGAUAUCGUUUCGUCUACGGUUCAGUAUGGAAAUACGUUGAAAGAUUCAAUGCAAAGAAACAUUUCACCACAAACAAUCACGACCAACACAUCAUAGCAAAGUUCUUAUUUUUUAAUUUAUAAAACAAAAUGUUUUUAUUGAUGUUAAUGUAUUUAUAUUGUAUCAAAAUAAUAUUAACAAUGAGAAAAAUGUUACCAUCCAUAAUUCGUUUAUUAAUAGUUUGAUAAAAUAAAACUAUUGUUUACUUAAGAUCAUUUAAAAACUUUGCAAAACUAAAGGUAUAGUGAACACGUGUAUUAUACAUUUAUCUAUAUUGGUACAUUCUAUACCUACAAUCGUUCGCAUCACGUGUUCCUAGGAAGUACAUUAUAAUAUUAUGUAGGUAUAGCUUUAUCUACAGUGUUAUUAUUGUGAAUUAUUAAUAAAGCAAAUUUAAAUUUAUAAGCUAUAAUAUAAUCGUAUAUUCGUAUAAUCGUAUGUAACCCUAUUGAGCAUAACUAAACGUUUAUAAUACAUAAUCUGAUCGACGAUAGUAGCCAAUAUAAAUUAUAAUUUGUAAUUAAUAAAAAAUAUGUGUACAACUCCGUACAUUAAACAUUUAAUCAUAGUGUAAUAUAUGUUGUACUCAUUAAACUCACUACACAUACAAUAUUAUAUUUUUAUACAUAAAACAUAACUUAUCAAAUAUCAAAAAAAUAUAUUUUAUUGAAAAUUAAACAUAGUAGAAAAAAUAUUUAUCAUAAGAUAUAUAUUUAUAACAGUUUAAUAAUGAUAAAAUAUUAAAAUAAAAAUAAAUUAAAAACUACAUUUGUAUUCGGCGUUGUAUAAUAUUAAAUUUGAUAUGUGCACACUCGAUUUAUUUUAAGCAUAUUAUUUUUCCUUUUAGCUUAAAACCGGAAUUUUUUUUUAUAAGUAGUCUUUAAGUUUCUUACAAAUCCAGGUAUUGUGCGUGCAUAAUAAAUGACUACAAUAAUUUUAGCUUUUCAAGUCCCGAUCUUCGUUUCUAUUUAUUGAAAAUUUAUCUGUACAAAUUUGCGGUUCAGUUUUGAAAAUGUACAUAAUUAAAACUGAGAUAAAUGUGAAACACAAUAUAUUCAAAGGAAAGGACAGAUGACAUUCAUCAUAUUUUAUUCUACUCUUGCUUUUAUCAAUUAUAUUAUAUCCACUAUACUACAAUAGUACAACUUAUAGUACAAUUAUAAUAAUGUUUUAUGUGUAUUCAUGUGUCUUAGUAUAUGCACUUUCUGUGCAAAUGAUUUUUUACAAAUUGCACAAUUAAAUGGCUUAUUAUAUUUAUGAAUAAUUUUGUGUGUAUUUAAAUUUGAUGAUUGAGUAAAAGAUUUAUUACAGAUGAAA